AUGGUUUUUCUAUUACUUUAUAUGAAAUCUCGGGAUCAAAAUGUGGUUACAAAUAAUACGAUGGAAGUAACCGAUGGAUUGGUAACCAUUCCGUGUCCGUGGGAUCGCAUUAAUAUAUUUUCCAAACUUACAUUCAGUUGGUUGUGGAGUCUAUUCAUUUGGGCGCAUAAGAAGGACCUCGAUUUUAGUGACCUCUACCGGUGCCCGGAAUCAGAUGAGACACAUCGAGUCCGACAGAAGCUGGAAAUCAAUUGGGAUAAACAACUAAAAAGUAAAGGAAAUCCAUCGUUAUAUUGGGCACUAAUUGCAUCGUUUGGACCCAAACUCAUUGUCCUCUAUAUUCCCGAUGCAAUCCGGGAAAUGGGAGUUAAUUUGUUUCAGCCAUAUUGUAUUGUUUAUUUGGUGAGAUAUUUUAACAAAGACCCCAACACUAGCCAGUGGUGGGCGCAGUGGGCAGCCGUGGGUAUUGUGAUGGCGGCCAUUGCAAACGUGUUUAUCAUCUCUGUUAAGCAAUGUUGGGCUCAAAAUCCGUGCCGCCUGUUGUGCCCUAAUAUACCGCAAGUUUCGCGAUCAUUAUUUGUGGCCCCACUUCAGACGGCGAUUGUAUUAUACCUAUUGUGGUUACACCUGCGAUGGGCCUGUUUGACGGGAAUGGGAAUAAUUGUGCUGUUUAUACCAUUUCAAGUACUAAUGGGUCGUAUGUCUCGGAGUAUCCGCCAAAAGACGGCUGAAUUAACCGACAGUCGAAUCCGUUUAAUGCAUGAGAUUAUCGCCGGAAUGCGUGUCAUAAAGAUGUACGCCUGGGAACAGCCCUUCGCACUAUUGGUCGCAACCGCUCGCAAAUCUGAAGUGAAACAAUGUUGUUAUUCAAAUUUUUUGAAAGGCCUUAACCUUUCCAUUAAUUUUGUGAUAAUACGGGUUAUAAUAUACGCCUGUUUUCUAACAUAUGUACUGAUGGGUGGGAUGUUGUCGGCGGAGACAGCCUUUGCCACAAUUGCUUACUUUAAUGCAUUGCGUUGGUCAGUAGGGAUAAAUGUGCCCGAGGCUAUAACCACACUCAGUGAGUUAAUUAUAGUCAUUGAACGUAUCCAGACUUUUUUAUUACUCGAAGAGAUGAGUGGUUUGGAUGAGAGGGAAAGGAAAGACAACGAGGCGUUCAUUUCGGGGGAAAAUGAGUUAAUUCUCGGAGUAAUAGAAAACACUUCGAGUGUUGAAGAAAAAGGCAUUUUUAUGGACAAAAUGAGCGUUCGUUGGAAUAAUAUAUGUUUGGCCACACGUGUGUCGACAGCGCUCAGGGGGUCGUCCAAGAGGUAG